AUGAUGACUGAAGUUGAUAAUCAAAUUGAGGUUAAUGUUGAGGAUGUCACGAGGGUGAUUAUUACUGAUGUAAGGAUUGGUAAUAGAUUUUUGGAUCCAUAUACUGAUGUUGGGGGCCUAAAUUUAUUAAGGGAUCUUAAUGUACUUCGGUUUAUAGCCCAUCAUUACAACUUGGAUGAUCACGCAAGAUUUAUUAGAUAUGCGAUUGCGGCUAAUGAAGAGAGAAUGACUUGUCAUAUUCGCAAGAUGAAGACCUCAAUGAUUUCAUUCAAGGGAAAAACUUUAGCAAUUUUUGGGAUUGCAUUCGAGGAAGGCACUAGUGAUAUUAGCUAUUCUCCGGCUGUUUCAAUGUGCAAAAAGUUGGUAAAGUAUGGUUGUAAUUUGAGAAUAUAUGAUCCUUUGGUACCUGAAGCUAUCAUUAGAGGGGUUUUCCCAAUAGUAAAUAGAGUAACUAUUAUGGGGAAAACUUUAAUACUUGUCAAGGAACUCAUGCCCUCUGUUUUUUCACUCGGAGUGCUAAAUUCCAAAUUCCAACAGAUGGAUUGGGGUCCGGCUCGUCCCUUAAUGGCUCAGGGUACACAAGUUUUCAUGUUUGAUUUUGCGCGCAAUGCUUUUAUAGAUGUUGUCAUUGCACAAGCCGAUAUCACCAUCGGGUUUCCUCAUUUUUUUGAAUGA